UUCCUCCUUUAUAGAUUCAUAUCAUCUAUUAAAUCUCGAUUUCCUUAUCCGUUCCCAUCUUUCAUCCCUCUGCCUGAUCUUUUCCCUCUCUUCUAAUUCCUCGUACUUUCUGUCUCUCUCCAUUCCCUGUCUCUCCCAUUCCUCUAUCCUUAAAAAAGUCCCCUCUCCCUCUCCCACUUCGUUACGUCUCUUCCCUCUAGCGCCCUUUCUCUUAUUUCUUUCCUACAUGUCUGCGUUAAUUCGCUUCCCUUUCCCAUAUCCAAUCUUUCUUUAAAAUCCCAUGCCCUCUUCCCCGCUCUGUUUUUCAUCAUUUCCCUCUGCAUUUCUUCUCUUACUAAAUACCCCGGUAUCCUUUUUCAAGCACCCAUUAAGAAUCUUAAGAAUCUUUCCCGCACUUUUUCUAUCCCCUCUCUUUCUUUCCCAUAUCUCCACUCCAUACCCCAUCACUGUCUAUACUAAUGUGUCAAACAUGUGUCCACACCCUUCUUCUCCAACUUCCGCCAAAUCUCCUCUUCCCUAUCCCCCAUUUUGUUCUUCGGCUAUGACUGUUCUCCGACGCUAUUCGGCUCGCGGUGAGUGCAUAUAUUUCCCCCGUUUUCAUUAGGAAGCUUAUCUCCAUUCUUCGAUCUUAGCUUUAGCCUCAUAAUAUUUUAAGGUGGCAAAGAGUAUAUAAACUAGAAGUAAUACUGCAGCACAUUACUUCUAAAACCACAGUAAAGUUGAGAAAGUCAUGGCAAGUCCAAAAGAUUACAGCGCGUCUAAUAAAGUUCAAAGAUGUAGAAUAUUGGCUAUAAUUGAAGAGUUUGCCGAUAAUCUAGUGAAAAUAAGUGGAAAGUGUAUGGACAUCGGUUGCGGUCCUGGAGAUACAACAAAGGAACUUUUGUUACCGAGUAUAAACUUCAAUGGACAAAUAAUUGGUAUGGAUAUUUCGGAGAGCAUGAUUAAAUAUGCAAAUGAUACAUUUAAAGACGAAAAACGGCUUCAAUUCGACACAUUAAAUAUUGAAACUAAAAAUUUACCUAAGAAAUAUAUUUCACAAUUUAAUCAUGCAUUUUCGUUUCACACUUUACACUGGUGCAACGAUAUCCAACAAGUCUUAGAAAAUAUUUAUCAAAUGCUACAACCUGAUGGAACUAUGCUUGUGCAUCUCAUAAUAGCAUCUCAUAAUGUGUAUGACGUUCUCAGAAUUUUGGCGUGGGACACUCGUUUUGCAUCAUAUAUGCCUGAAGCUAUGAAAAAUAUUUCGCCAUAUCAAGAAUCAAAAAAUCCUCGCAAAGAGUUGAAAGAAUUACUUAAAAAUAUCCGAUUUACAGUUUAUCAUUGCAGUCUUCGAGAGGUCAGCUAUAGCGAUAAAAAAUCAGAAUACUUAGUCA